UUAAAGAUGUAGGUCUAUGAUAAUAACAUAUGACCCUAACCAUUUGGUGGCAGAAAUGCAAAGCAAUGUAAGAAACCAAUGUAUAAUCUUCAGUCUGUAAAGACACACAUGUUAAGGUGAAAUAGGUCACUUAAUUGUAAUAGUCGUAACUUUGCUCAUCAUGGUAACUUGCGGCUCAUAAAGCUGCUUGUUCUGUAGUUCUCUUUACAAAGAAAGAGAGGCCUAUACUGAUUAUUCUUAAAUGUGCAUUUUUCAAUUAGCCUAUGUAUGAAUAAGCCUAUUUCAAUCUCUCUUUUUCUUUCAUUUUAACUACUUAGGAAUUGCUUUUAAGUCCAAAUGAAUACAGCCUUUUUUAACCAUCAAAGUCCAUAUUUAGGCUACUCAUGACCGCCGCGAUCUUGUCCUGUAGGAGCUGAUAGAUUUGAGAUAAGACUGCUCUGGGGUCAUGCCCUGUUAAAAGCGUCAGGGGGACCAAAACAUGCGUCAGUUUGAAGAACACUGUGCAGGGUGCGUCUACAAUGGCUCCCCGGUACGCACCAAGUCUGCGCUCCCGUCUGGCACCUUUGUUGCUUUUUUUGCAGAUGGGGUUUAUUUUCAUAUAUGGCUUUUGCACUGAGAUAGAGAGCAAUGUGAGUGUUGACGGAAUAACGUUCAGCAACUUUUACCCAAACUUCCAGGAUGUGAAUGUUAUAGUGUUUCUAGGUUUUGGAUUCCUAAGCACUUUUCUAGUGCGUUAUGGUUUCAGUGGCUCUGGGUUCAACGUUCUUGUGGCUAUCAUGGCAACUCAGUUGGCUAUCAUACUCAAUGGAAUUGAGUCCUGGUAUUACAGAGGAAAGAUCAGAAUCAAUUUGAGAAGCUUAGUUGUUGCUGAGAUGUGCACCGUAUCUGCCCUCAUUUCAAUUGGAGCCGUGCUGGGGAAGACUAACCCUGUGCACCUCGUCUUUAUUGCGCUGCUUGAGGUAUCUGGAUUUGUUCUGAAUAAGUGGUUCCUCCAGACUCUGUUAAAGGUCCAACCUUUGAACAGCAUCAUGCAGCUUCACAUCUUUGGGGCCUUUUUUGGACUCAUGCUGACUUGGAUGCUGUAUCGGAAAGGAUCUGAGCUACCAUUUGAAAAAGAGAAAUCUGAUCACAAAACAGGAUUAUUCUCCAUGCUGGGGACUGUGUUCCUAUGGAUGUUCUGGCCAAGUUUUAAUUCAGUACUUGUGGGUGAUGCUUCUUCUGGGAGGAAGUUGGGGGUCGUGUGCAGCACCUACCUUGCUCUGGCUGUCAGUGCUGUAACAGCAGCUGCUGUUUCUGUCCUCUCCAGUCCCAAGGGAAAACUCAACCUGAACCACAUGCAGUCAUGCAUCCUUGCUGGUGGUGUUGCUAUUGGGGUUUCCAUGUCAGUGGUUCAUCAGCCAUGGGAAGCCAUGUCAAUCGGAUUCAUUGCAGCAAUUGUCUCAACCAUUGGAUACAGAUAUCUCAAGAUCCACAUGCUUCUUGCAUUUCAGUGCCAUGACACCUGUGCUAUGCUGAGCACACACGGGCUCCCUGGUCUACUUGGGUGGCUGGCACAUCUUGUCCUUCAGCUUAAAGACUGUGAUGAUCACACCAUGGGAAUCCGGUUUGCUGUUGUUCACAUUUGUACACUUUUCAUCACCAUCACUCUGAGUCUGUCCAUGGGAAUCAUUACAGGGUGUUUACUGAAGUUGAACUUCUGGAGACCACCCCAGGACAAGAAAUGUUUUGAUGAUCAGGCUUUUUGGGAGUUUCCCCAUCUUGCAGUGCAAAAGUGAAAUGUGGAGAAGGAAGUUGAUGGAGCUUGAUCUUCGGAGUAAAAACUCUCUUUGGUGUGCUUUUAUAACAGUGUAUUUAAACUAAAACAUUUGCAUUCUUUUUUUGGAAAAUACAUGUUUUAUGUGUGCAAAGAUACAUAAAAUGGCAAGGAUGAACCUUGGAAGCAUAAUUGUAAGACUUAUUUACGGCUUUUUUUUUUUAGGUUUAAUGCUGACAUUGUUGCUAGGAACUGAUCUGAUGGUUUUAAUUUUACUGAUUUAAGAAAACAGAUCAUUUGUAAAUAUACAGAUCUGAAAAAGACUGAAAACUUUUGUUGACAGCAGUUUAAGCUUCUUAUUAUUCAACAAAAAAAUCUGAGUGACUGCCAAGUUUUGGAGCGUAACUGUUGUUAUUUCAGGUAAAAUACAAACAAUAAACUAUUUUUCUAUCAAUUUUAAGGUACAGUUAAACAAAAUACUGCCUUAAAUGAUAUGCCUUUAUAAUUUAUUUGUAUUUUCUCCACAAGAGACCGUUUUGGAUUAAAGGCUGUCAUAGAAGUAAAGUAUCCCCAAAGGAAAUGUGGACAGUUCAGGGCAGUCAAGCUCACAAAAA